AUGGGGGUCCAAAAAAGGCUGAACACCGUACAACGGGGGUUCGCCCAAAAGAUCUGCCGAGCAUAUCGGACCGUCUCCCUGAACUCAGCUAUGCUGUUGGCUGGGAUACUCCCCCUUGACCUCAGAAUACUCGAAGUUUCGAGAUUAUAUGGGAUCAAGAAGGGGGUGUCGCAGCCAGCGUUGGGAGACAGGGAGGUGGAAAGAAUGGCUCCGGCGAUUGAGGACCCACAUCCGGCAGAGCAGGAAGGGCUGGGGUUCGGGCUGGUGGACGAGGACUCGUAUUCCGACGUGGCUGAUAGCCACGUACAUAGGAUCUACACGGACGGCAGCAAGAUUGAGGGUCGAGUCGGAGCCGCCCUUUCCGCCGAACUCCUAGCGCUCCAAAGAGCAGUAGAUAGAGCCUGCAAGAGUGGAGUGUCGAAGGUCGGCAUCUUCAGCGACUCCAGAUCGGCCCUCCAGGCAGUCACACUCGGUUCCCCCCACCCCCUUGCUGUGCAAACAAGGGCGGCCCUCCGAAAAGCUGCUUUGCAGAGGCGGGAGGUCGCUCUGUUUUGGAUCAAGGCGCACGCAGGGCUAAGGGGGAACGAAAGAGUGGACCAGUUAGCCAAGGAGGCCGCUCUGGGGUCGAAGAGGAAACCCGACUACGAUCUGUGUCCUGUUUCAUUCGUCAAGCGUAUCUUGAGACAGGAUACGAUCGGGGAAUGGGACAGGAGAUACGAUGUGGAGGAGACGGCUGGAGGCACGAAGCUCUUUUUCCCAAGCGCUGCUGCUAAUUGUGAGGGUGGUGAAUAA